AUGUGGGCUUUCGACUUUUAUUGUGAAAAUCCCCGGGCACGAAACGAGUCCCGGAAGUUUUCAUUUCCUUACAGUGUUACCGUCAUCACCUGUCAGCGCUCCUCUGUCACUGGUGAGAUAAGUGGGAACGCCAUCCAACACGGUCUUCUACCCGCUACACAUAGGCUUCUGCCAACAUGGAGCCGGCUGUGGAUGAUGACAUAUGCAUCCUUAAAUGUGAGACUGCCUCCACUGCUACAGGAGAGAGUCCAGUCCUAUGAGGACAUCAAGAAGAGACUCAGAGACACAGAGAAAGAGAACACACUACUGAGAAAAAGAGUAAAGCAGCUGGAGGAUAAGCUUUUUCGACCAGAUGCACUCCCUCCAGAAGGUCCCCAAUAUGUGAACAAGGCCUUCAGUGCAUACAGAGGUAUCUAUAUUGAGAAGGAAGAUCUGCAGAUGGAGCUCAACAAACUGAAAAAGGAGAAAGGUGAGAGUGAGCGGACACUGACAGAGCAGCUACAGGCCAAAGAGAUGGAGUUGCUGCAGUUGAGGACAGAAAUGGAGACCAGUCAAGUGAUGAAAAGCCUGAACAGCCCGCAGGACUACUGGCAGGUGGACAGGGUCAGCACAGAGCACAAGAUUCAUAAACUACAGGAAGAGCUGGAAAAAGUUACACUAGAGAACAGCCGACUACUGGAGAAGAGUGCAGAUGAUCCGCCUGAGCCUAAUGGACCUGAAAUGGACCGGAACUGCGGUUUAAAGUUUAAUUCAAGAGAGAAGGCGAUGCAGACAUACGAAGCGUUGUGCAGUGAAGUUUCUCGAUGCCACUCAGAGUUAAAACACCAAAAUGGCUUGAUACGAAAACUAAGACAAGUCAAUUCCACAGUCCCAGUGCAGUGUCUGGACGACGUGGAAAAGAACAACAACCAAGUUCCAAGGGUGUCUCCGUACCCCCAUCUACUCCCAUCAUGCUUGGGACGCUCUCCUGUGGGGCUAUCCUCCGGUGCUCUCGCAGACAGCCUGAAAGAGGACUGCUGGUACAACGGGCCGUGGCCCUCACAGUACUGCUCAGGAGAGGCUCUGCUGGGCACAGACUCUUGCUCUGGGGUGCUGCCCCCUCCCCCUAUGAACCAGGCCUCUCUGGACGAUAGCUCCAGGUCAUUCCCCAGCCCACCCAAACCCAGUGAGGCUCUCUUCUGGGAGGGACACUCCAACCCCAACUCAUCCUCUUCAAUGGGACAUUGCAGCCCUAGGAGCCCGCCCAACACAGAGUGGGCUAAGCCCCACUGA